AACUGAAAGCAAACAAUUUACAAAUGCAGCAUCUUGAGGAAGAGCUUGGAUUUUGGAAGGUGGAAGCAGAUAUGGCAUUUGAUGAAAGCCACCCUAUGGAUUUUUGCUUGGAACAACUUAAUAAGCAGAUCAAUGCCAAAAAACAUAAUAUUCUGGAACUAGAGUCACAGUGGGAUGCUUUCCGAAAACCUAUAGAAGAGAAGAAAAGAAACCUCGAGGAAUGUUUGUAUGUAAACAAUCCAGAGGCUCUAGAGAAACUCCAAAAGUUGAGAGAAAUCGAGCUAGAAAUUCAGUUCACCUCAUUUGAAAUUAGAAAAAGGGAGGAGGAAUGCUUGAAACUUGCUGCUGAUCUCAAGAGGCAGCCCGAGGUGGCAUCUCGGAGGUCCUAUAUUGAGCGAAUAAAGGAGAUCACAAAAAAUAGUGGCAAACUCGACUCUGACAUAGAACACAUAUUAAGAGAAACUAGGGUGCUCCAGUUAGAAAGCAAUUCCAUUCAGGAGAGCCUUCAUCGCACCUAUGCUGUCUUGGAUGAAAUUGUCUUCCGGGUAUCAAAGAAAGAUGCAGACCGGCAACAGGUUUAUAAACUGCUCAUCAGCAUCCAUGAUAGCUUUGAGCAAAUCUCUGAGAAAAUCCUUGCAACCGAUAGAAUACGAAGAGAACAACUGAUCUUGAAACGAAACUCGCAGCCAUGUCUUCCCAAAGCUUAAAUGCAGACCAGCUACAAGCCGACCUUGAUGCCAUUGCAAAGGAAAACAAAUACCUGGAGCAACAACUGCUACACAGUUGAACCUAUAGUGUCACUGUAAUCAGUUCUUUCGACUGAAGGUGAUUUUGUUCUU